AUUUGUUCAUUUUCAACUAGAAAUUUUUCUCGGUGUGUAUAAUCUCGUAAUUAGAUUGCGAGAUUUUAUUUCAUUGUUCCACAACACGCGGUGUAAAACUCUUUUCACUAAUUAACGUUUCUAACGACAUAAAUGCAGCCACUCGUGCCGUGCUCCUCGGGGAGUCGAUACAGCCGGUUGAUUCUACUUGUCACGUAAUGCAUUUAAUCGAGGCCGCCGUUACCCGCCGCUCGGGAAAUCGACAUUUUCUGCACGAACAUAUCUCUUCUGUCAGAAAAGGGUCCGAUUCGAGGCGGAGGUGAAAUCCCUUCCAAUGAUUUCUUCCUAAUUGGAGAAGAGUACCAUUUUCCAGUACGACGCGAGAAUACAUUUUUCCUUUAAUAUUUCAGACAGAUUGUCUGUCUUUCAUAAAAUAGUACAGAUUUCCUUCUUAACCUUUGUGUACCGUAAUAAUUCAACAUUUUUAUCGUAUUUUAAACAGGAGAAAUUUCAUUUCACGCGGUUGGUUCCUUCUGCAUAAUUUCAUUGAAUCGACCCAUUUAAAAAUAGAGCCGUCGGCGCUUUCUCGCGCACGACGGGUUAGCCGUUACGUUAAAGGACCAUUUAUUUGCUCUACUCUCGACGCGGCACAUACAAAAAACCGCAACCCCUCGCACCGACACCGGUCGUCCUUUUUUUUUCCGCUUCUUUCGGAGAAUAACGUAUAUCGCGUUUUAUUCAGAGGACCGCCGAAACUCUCGCGCGCGGUCCAGAGAGGAUCGCGAGGAUGAUAUUCGCGGUAGGUGCGGAGGAUGUCGAGUAUUGAUUAAGGGGGUUUGCCGGGAGGAAUCUCUCUCUCUUUCCUCACGGGUAGGUCGUCUGGCGUCGUUCCUCGCCGUAAAUGCACGGGGAUGAAUGGGGCACGGUGGGGAACGCACGCACCGGGGUGCGUCUGCGCUCUGUGCGCCGCACGCAGUGCUCCGAUGCGCUUCACCCGAACCGGGUAUCCCACGGCUCACGGUUCCGUGUUCGCCGGGACAGUGGCGUGCACGUGGUUGUCUAUCGGCGAGGACAGAAGGGGUGGAAAGCGGGAUCAAGCGGACGAGGGAGAGACUCGGCAGCCCCGGAGGAAUCGCGAUGACGAUUGACACGCUCGGCGCGUCGUUAUCCACAGGCCACGAGUGUUGAGAGGGAUUCGCUGUAGCGCGGUACUUAAUCGUGAGGCUUACGUCUCUACACGACAUCGUUCUUGAAUAGCCUGGGAGCUGUCGAAAAAAGUGAAGUGGGUCCUGGAAGAGGACCCAAGGAGAGCGAGGAGAGAAGCGUCGAGACAGGAUCCGGCGUGCGGGAACGUCGGCAGGAGCUGCCUCAAGAUGUCGUACGCCAAUCGAUUCCCAUCCUCCCAGCACACCCGUUAUCGCAGUAGCUGGGGGCCGUCCUCUGUUUCCGUCUUCAAUCGCGCCGACGUGCCGCGACCUUCGCCGGAGGAGGAAGAAUUCGAGUUCUAUCACGAGCGGCUGCAUUCGGCGCAGAGUCGUCAGCUGAUACCACUUCAGGAGGAUUUGGCCGAUUGGAUCAACAAGACGAUAAAUGUGGAUCACAUAACGGGUGACAAUUUCUUUGACGUGCUUGAUAAUGGAGUGAUUGUGUGUCGACUGGCAAGAGUUAUCCAGGAAAAGGCUAGAUCUGCGAUUGAGGCUGGACGGGCGAAGGGACCGGCACCAGUGAUACGUGGUCGCUGCUGGGAGAAUGCAGCCCGUCGCAGUUUCUUUUCCCGCGACAACAUGGAGAACUUCAUACAAUUUUGUCGGCGGCUGGGCGUCCACGAGAAUCUUCUCUUCGAAAGCGACGAUCUCGUUUUGCAUGGCCAACCACGGAAUGUUGUGCUGUGUCUGCUGGAAGUCGCGAGACUGGCGGCCAGAUAUUCUUUAGAACCGCCUGGACUUGUGCAACUUGAGAGAGAAAUCGCAGCUGAACAAGAAAGGGAUCUUCACUGUUUGUCUGACAGCGGUAUAUCACACAGCAGUCUCGUCUCUUGGCAGUUUCAGUCACCAUCGCCGACCGCAACACCUAGGACACCAUCGCCGGAAAAGAUCAAACAUAGCAGCUCGGCGUCUGAAGUCACAACGGGCACACGAUGGUUGGACCCGGUAACCGGUGCUGCACAUGAAUCUGAAAUGCGAAGGUCCGUUAGCGACAACGGGCCGACUGGAAGUGACGGGGUGCCCAGUGACACUACCGAGGAUGACUGGUCGCGUGGUAGCGUCGAAGACCCUGACGAAGUGCCGUCGCCGUCGAGCUCGCCGUCACCGUCGUCGGCCGAACCACCGGAACACACUGGGCCGAUAACAGAACUCGAUCGCAAGGUGCGAAGAGCCACCGAGGCCGUCCAGAGACUCUGCCAGUGCCCGUCGAAUAAGUGCUCCAAGCUGAAGGUGCGCAAAGUCGGCGAAGGCCGUUACCAUAUCGCGGGACGUAACGUUUUUAUCAGACUUCUCAAGGGGAGACACAUGAUGGUGAGAGUUGGCGGCGGAUGGGAUACUCUGGAGCAUUUUCUGGCGAGGCACGAUCCCUGUCAGGUGAGGGUCCUCAACCGCGAGGGUACGCCGCCACCCGCUCGCGGUACCAAGCACGACAGCUUCUUGCACAUUCGCGCCAAGUAUCGCAGCCCGCCGUCGGAGGCGAACCUCUCACGUCGGUCACUAGCCUGAGAAGCACGUAGUGCCUAAUCAUGUGCCCACGAUCGCGCGAGGUCCCUCGGGCCUCACGUGGUGUAAAAAGCUGCACGCACGCUUGGCGCACGUGCGAAUUAAAAUAUAUCCCGGUACACCAGCGGUACCGCUAUCACAUCCCACCGGGCACGUCGAUAGGACGUCCCGUCGGUCUGUUACGCAUCAAGCGACGCGGUGAAACGACGCGUGGCGGUUCAGGUUGCCGUAAGGACGGCAAUACGCAUCCAUCGCACGAUUUUUCACGCACGAUACAUUCCUUCUUUUCCAACUACGUUCGAUGAGUUGGCGAUUUUGAGGGAAGAGAGAGGCGCCGCAGGAGCCGCCUUUAAGCGCCUUGCGCGAUCACUUAUGCACAUUCCCGAUAUUCAUAACGCUAUUUACGAGUUCUGUCUAUGGCGAGAAAGCACCGCCUGUACGUCGGUUCGCAAAGAUACCUCUUAACCACUCUCGUACCUAUUCGUACAUCCCGAAUUGCGCGUACAAUUUGUUACGUGUAACCACGUAAUAUGUUGAUCACGGUAUAGAGAAGCACAGGGAUCGCUAUUUUUACUAAGUCCGUAUGUCAGGUGGUUGAGGAGCAUGCAAGUGUCAAAGAGCAUCCUCGCAGACGCACCACACGUCGCGAUUUUUAAGAUUAUAAUUUACAGUGUGAUCUUUGCUUCCUGUUUUUUAAGAGUUUUUUUUUUAUCACAUUUUAUCUUUUUCCCCUUUUCUUUUCUGUCGCCCGAGAUAAAAGUUGACAAACUUCGGAAGAAGUAAGAAACACGUGACAAGAAAUACGAUUGUCGAUAAAAAUGGCGAAGAAGGAAGAAGGCAAAAGGUAGAAACAGGAAGCAAAUAGCACAUCGUAGAUUGGCGUUUAAGGAGAACGAAUAGUCAGAGUUCUGCAUCUAAAGCAUCUAAUCACACUAUGGUCUGUUGCGAUUCCUGGUUGAUGAGUCUAUUAUAUUUUAGCUAAUCACGAUACAGCUCUAGUCUGUAAGCGCUAAAAUAGAACUGUUAAACCAUACGGUAACUGUAACCGAUAAUUUGUAGUGUAAUUAUGACUUAAAAAUCGGCGUCUGCGAUGCAGAAGACUUUGACUAUUUGAAUUUUUAUGCAUUAUCGCAUCAGGAAUCAGUCAAUUAUGUGCUUUCAUCUCGAAUCUUC